AUGUCUGAUGGAGAUCUUUCAAAAGAACUUGAUGACAGAUUUGGCUCUCAGUGUGGGGAUAUCUUGGUCUUUUUCGAUGCAUUGGAUAAUUGCAACUCUGAAUCGGUUAAUGUGAAGAUUUAUAGAAGAAAUUCCUUGACCUGGAUUUGGUCCACAGAAGAAGGAUUUCUUGAAAGUCCUACGCCUACAGGGUUCAAGGUAACAGUUUCCAAUUCGAAUCCAAACAUAGUAAUGGUUGGAUUUCGUGUCCAUGUGGGAAACACAUUAGCAAACCAUAUACCCUCUAAGAUAACAAUUUUCCAAAGAGUUAUAAAACUAGACGAAGGCAUGAAGUCAUGGUAUGACAUCCCAUUUACAGUUGCAGAAUCCCUUCUACCUGAUGAAGAAAUUACAAUCUCCAUAGGAACAACUUUCAACAGAUCAACUUUACCAAGAAUAGACACUUUAGAAAUUUAUGGAUCUGGGAAAAAACGUUGCAUUGGUCAAGUUACUCCUAUUGAAGAACAGGCUUGGCCUGUGCGUACUCCAAGGCCUGUUGCUUUCCAGCUUGUUGCUGAUACCCCUCUUCUUACUGGACAGCAAACAAUCUUUCUUUUCUUUCCAGACAUGAUUAAAGGCAUGUUUUUGGCUGUAGUUAUUGGACCACCUGUUGUGGUUGCCAUCAUUUUAAUAGUACAGGAGAGCAUUCUAAACAUUCUGGAAACUUUAAAAGAAGAGGGAAAUAGGGUCUUGUUCAAUGCUUUAGCUGUGUUUGCUCUAAGGGAGAUCAACUUAUCACAAGUAACCUUCUCAACAACAACAUUCUACUUAAGCAGGAAUGUAUAA